AUGUCGGAACCGGAGGCGAUUGCGGUGGAUCCGGACACGUACGCUGUCGCAAGUGCGUACUGGCCCGACGACUGGCAAUCGGAAACCACCUCUAUCGGAUCCUCGAUUUAUCGAGGUCUGAUCGAAAAUGGCAGACGCUAUCAAGCUCUACGGAACAAGGAGUAUCUGAUCCCCGCGGAUGACGCGCAAUUCGAGGCAUACGAGGCCGGACACCUGUGUGCUCUGAUUCUCGAGUCCAAUCAUGAUAAUCCAUUCUUCCGGGCUCCAGUCAAGUCACCUCAGAAUAUCCUGGACAUCGGGACGGGAAAAGGAACAUGGGCGAUUGACGUUGCCGAUAUGUUUCCAGAAGCCACCGUUCGUGGAGUGGACCUCUUCCCUCCCCCCGUCACAUGGGUGCCUCCCAAUUGUGUUCUGGAGGUGGAUGAUGUACAGCAAGAAUGGACCUGGCACGAGCCAUUUGAUCUCAUUCAUAUGCGGAUCAUGAUCGGAUCUUUUGAAGAAGCCGAAUGGGAACGUCUAUAUAAACAAUGCUACGACAACCUAAAACCAGGAGGCUGGAUCGAACAGCUGGAAGUGAGUCCCAUGAUUCAAACAGAUGAUGGCAGUCUACCACCAGAUAAUAUCUUAAAUGACUGGGGCCCCAACAUGCUCGCCUGUGGCGAACGAGCCGGCCGAGGUGUCGACACUUUCGACACAAUGACAAACAAGAUUCAAAAAGCGGGCUUCACCAACGUCCACCAGAAAUUGUACAAGUGGCCCAUUGGCCCCUGGCCUCGAGAUAAAGAACUCAAGGAGGCGGGCAUGGUCAAUCACCAGCAUUGGAGCUCCGGUCUAGAAGGUUGGUGCAUGUGGUUACUGACCCGAUAUGGGAGUCCCUCGCCGUGGAGUCAGGAAGAGGUGCAGGUAUAUGUGGCUCGAUUGCGGAAUGAAUUGUUGAAUCCACGCUUUCACAUCUGGCAUCGUGGGUGA